AUGCCGGCGGGCAUGACGAAGCAUGGCUCGCGCUCCACCAGCUCGCUGCCGCCGGAGCCCAUGGAGAUCGUGCGCAGCAAGGCGUGCUCGCGCCGGGUGCGCCUCAACGUCGGGGGCCUGGCGCACGAGGUGCUGUGGCGCACGCUGGACCGCCUGCCCCGCACGCGGCUGGGCAAGCUCCGGGACUGCAACACGCACGACUCCCUGCUGCAGGUGUGCGACGAUUACAGCCUGGAGGACAACGAGUACUUCUUCGACCGCCACCCCGGCGCCUUCACCUCCAUCCUCAACUUCUACCGCACCGGCCGGCUGCACAUGAUGGAGGAGAUGUGCGCGCUGAGCUUCAGCCAGGAGCUGGACUACUGGGGCAUCGACGAGAUCUACCUGGAGUCGUGCUGCCAGGCCCGCUACCACCAGAAGAAGGAGCAGAUGAACGAGGAGCUGAAGCGCGAGGCCGAGACCCUGCGCGAGCGGGAGGGCGAGGAGUUCGACAACACCUGCUGCGCGGAGAAGAGGAAGAAGCUCUGGGACCUGCUGGAGAAACCCAACUCGUCGGUGGCCGCCAAGGUGAGUCCGAGGGGCAUCCGAGGGCCGCUGCCCCGGGGGAGGCCUGCGCGGCGGCCCCUGGCUCCUCGCGAGGCCUGGACCCCAAGCGGGGUUCUCCAAGGACCGCCGCUCCAGCAUCCUUCCGGUGCGUCGGCAGACGUCCCCGCGCCCCCGCGCGUCCCCACUUGA